AAACAUUAUAGAUUUGUCAUUUAUAUCUAUUAACCAAUUUAUUUUUAUUGAAUUCAUAUUAUUGAUAGUUCCAACUGAGAGGGAUUGUUAGUGAUUAAAAAGUUCAUUUUAAUCUAAAGACAAGUACAUUAAAUUGUCAACAUUCAGUCCUCAUCUGGAACAGUCAAUAACCAUACCAUGAAGGAUUCAGAAGCUGAUACAAAAAAUAUAAUAAAAAGUAGAGAAUUACUUUAUAGGCUUAUGAUAAGUCAAUUAUUUUAUGAUGGUCACCAAACACUAGCAGUGCAAUUAUCAAAUUUAACACAAGCAGAACCUCCUUGCCCUCCUUCAGAUCGAUUAUUGCACCUCAUGCUAAUUGGUAUGGCACAUGAACCAGAUAGAUCUAAAAAAGAAAACAACCAUAUUUCAUCAUUUACAUCAGUUGAAAAUACUUUAGGACCAGGAUUAGAUUUAGAAUUUGAAACAGAAGCACAAACACAAGCUCCCGAACCAGCUCAGUAUGAAACUGCAUAUGUGACUUCUCAUAAAGGAAACUGUAGAGCAGGUGCAUUUUCUGCAGAUGGUCAAUUGAUAGCAACUGGAUCUGUUGAUGCUUCCAUUAAAAUUCUUGACGUUGAUAGAAUGUUGGCUAAAUCAGCACCUGAUGAAGUAACACCAGGUGAUCAAUCUGGUGGGCAUCCUGUAAUUAGAACCUUAUAUGAUCACUUAGAAGAAGUAACAUGUUUAGAAUUUCAUCCAAGAGAACCUAUCUUAGUGUCUGGAAGUAGAGACUUUUCUGUGAAAUUGUUUGAUUUUAGUAAAGCCAGUGUUAAAAAAGCAUUUCGCACAAUAACAGAUUCAGAUCAAAUAAGAUGUUUAUCUUUUCAUCCUACUGGUGAUUAUUUAAUAGUGGGAACAAAUCACUCAGUUGUGAGACUUUAUGAUGUAAAUACGGCACAAUGUUUUGUAUGCAGUCUUCCAAAUCAUCAACACACUAGCGGUAUUACUAGUAUAAAAUACUCACCUGAUGCAAAAACUUAUGCAUCCGCUAGUAAAGACGGAAGUAUUAAAUUAUGGGAUGGAGUUUCUAAUAGAUGUAUAAAUACAUUUGUUAAAGCACAUGAUGGUUAUCAAGUUUGUUCCGUUACUUUCACAAGAAAUGGAAAAUAUUUACUUUCAUCAGGAAAAGAUUCAUUGAUUAAACUUUGGGAAUUAUCAACAAGUAGAUGUUUAAUUGCUUAUACCGGAGCUGGAACAACAGGUAAACAAGAACAUAAAACUCAAGCUAUAUUUAACCAUACAGAAGAUUAUGUAAUGUUUCCUGAUGAAGCAACUACAUCAUUAUGUGCAUGGAAUUCUAGAAAUGCAUCAAGAAAACAACUAUUAUCGUUAGGUCAUAAUGGUCCAGUAAGAAUGAUUGUGCAUUCUCCAGUUGCACCAGCAUUUUUAACCUGCAGUGAUGAUUUCAGAGCAAGAUUCUGGUUUAGACGUAUGCCAACACAUUAAGAAUGAAGAUUACUGAGUAAUUGUAAUAUAUAUUUGAUUAUUAUAAAUCUAUCAAAAAAGUAGCUUCGUAAUUAACCUUUUGAAUAAUAUAAACUUUUAAAAAUUUUAAUAAAAUAAAAUGUAAUGACACUAAUGUUUAAUUAAAUUGUAAUCUUUUUAGUAUAUGUGCCUUCAAAGUAUAAAUCGAUAGUUAAUAAAAAU